UACUUCCGCUAGGUCACGUGGAUGGACAACAUCAUUGAAAAGCAAUGCAUCGCCUGGCAUUGCACGGCAUCGGUCAAUCGAAAAAAGGUGCGAGUGCGGGCCGGUGAAAUUUAAAGGAUUUAACAGCAGCUGUGUGUUCCUACGAAAAAGAUCACAGUCUUCAACAUGGGAACAUUCGAUGAUGUUUUGAUAAAAAUCGGAGAAUUCGGUCGCUUUCAAAUUCUGGUGUUUUUCUUCUUCUCGGCUUCGUAUCUUUCUUCCGGCUGGCACGCCGCCUCAAUGGUCUUUCUCGGAGCGAACAAAGAUCAUUGGUGCCAUGUGACAGCCUUGAGGAAUCUGACAGAAAGCCAGCAGAGGAAUAUUGUGGAACCUAUCACUUGCCCGGAUGACGUGAAAAGCGCCACCUGUCGGCAGUGUUAUGGAAACGUGCUCAACUAUAGCAGAUACUCGUUUGAGGACCUCACGUCAUGGAACCGCUCCAAGCAGCUUGAUGGAACCAUCACGUCUGAGAAAUGCCAAGCUUGGGAGUUUAGUUCAGAGGCUUACACCUCAACGCUCGUGGACCAGUUCUCCCUCACCUGCGACCGAGAAUGGAUGAUCGCCAUGCUGCAGACGAUAUAUAUGACCGGCUAUUUGAUUGGUUGCCUCGUUUUCGGUUCCAUAUCGGAUAGCUUCGGUCGAAUGAAGGCCUACCUCUUGGCUCUUAUCUUGGAGGUAUUCUUCGCCGUUGUCGCCAUCUACGUCCCCUGGUACCCGCUAUAUGCCGUCUUUAGAUUCAUGCUGGGAGCGACUUCCGGAGCCGUUUAUACGUGCGCGUAUGUUAUAAUCGUCGAAAUGAUGGGACCACGCCACCGAACUGCCGUGGGUAUUUUCAACCAAUGGGGCUUCGAUGUUGGUGUUUUGCUCUGCACUGCUGUGGGAUAUUCCAUCAAGGACCACUACUCGAUGCAAUGGGCAUUUGCUGUGCCUCCAAUAAUAUUCCUUCUUGGGAAAUUCAUCAUCCCCGAGUCCCCUCGUUGGUUGGUUACGAAAGGCCGGCUGGAUGAAGCGGAACAAUUCCUCCGGAAAAUCGCCAAGUUCAACCAGAACCCGAUCACAAAGACAGGAAAACUUGUCGCCUCCAUUGACAUUGAGGCCAAACCGGUUGAGACCAGUUUUGUUGAUCUCUUUCGGACGCCAAACUUGAGGAAGCGAUCCUUGCUGUCGUUCUAUGUCUGGUUCUCGAAUAGUGCAAUAUACUACGGUUUGAUGUUCAGCGCGAGUGGCUUCGGCUUCUCGAUCUUUGUCAACCUGGCCUCAAGCGGAGCCUCCGCAGUUAUAAGCUACUUCGUCGUCUACGUGUUGUUUAAUAAAGUUGGGAGACGUUUCUCGAUGAUGGGCUCUCUCGUGUUUUCAGGUGUCGCCCUCUUUAUCUGCAUUCCGUUACUAUACGUUGAUUAUUUGUGGCCACUCCUCUUAGUAGUCUCGUUCCUAGGCAAAGUGGCCAACUCGGCCGCAUUUUGCGGGGGCUACCUCCACAGCUCUGAGUAUUACCCAACAGUCAUUAGGAGUAUUGGUGUAGGCUGUGCGUCCCUGUUCGCGAGGGUUGGUGGCCUGCUGGCUCCACAGAUAGCAAGACUGUCCACCGUGUGGCAGCCAUUUCCUGCCAUAAUUCUGGGAACAAUCGCCAUCACUGCCGGGCUUUGUAAUUUCUUCCUCCCAGAGACGCUCAACAAGAAACUGCCCGAGACUUUAGAAGAUGGUGAGAAUUUCGGAACGACGGCGGAGACUCAGUCUGAUGAGGCGGGGGUUCCGUUAACAGAAAAAGAACCUGCCCUGGUCUGAUUCUCAGGGCUAUAACGUUGGCGUGAAGUUAAAUGAUACUAUAGUGAAUGAAAUUUCCUGAAGAAUAUAUGAUACUCAGUUUGUUGUUUGUCUUUCGUAGAUGUUGGGAUGACGUGCUUGAUGAAACA